AUGCCGGCGCCGUCACUGAUAGAGCCGACCGACGACGAGAAGCAGGCGAUCAUCGAAAUGAGGGACGGAUUUCAGACGGAGUUCAACACAAACCCUGACCUCUACUACAGGAAAGACAUGGAACUCGUGAUGAGCAACGACUGGAAUGUACACCGAUUCUUGUUGGCCGCCGACGGGGAUACCGGUGCCGGACUCACACGCCUUACCAAUGCCAUGAAAUGGCGAAAACAUUGGGCGGUGUGGGAGAUGUGUGAACAGGAU